GCGGGUGGACCUUAACUUGAAACCGCUAGGACGGAACCAUCCGCUUUGGGAACAACGCCGUGAGCCCGCGACGACGGGUUGAAGCCAUGUUUUCCCACCUAUACCGUGAGGUUGAGGAUGCGAUGAACAACGAGGCCGGAUCAUGUGUAUAAGAAGCGUCAAGUUGACAGUCCCCCUUUCUAGAUCCCAGCUCAACAUCACUAUUUCCUCCUCGCUUCUCACAUCUCGACCGAACCCUGAGUACCUUCACUGUUCACAGCCGAAAUGCAGCUCUCUACUCUGGCUGUUCUGCUCUCUGCCUCCCUCGCGGCUGGCCAAACCAACACCAACCUGCAGACCAAGUUCCCUACCGCCACCACGACCACUGGUCUUCCCGCGGCCAAAACCAUUGCUGCCGGCCAGUCUUUCGAUGGCAAGAUGAUCCAGUGGGACCGCAGCCCCUCGACCUGCAAGUCGCAGACCGAGGGCGGCGACAAGGACGCCGUCUUCAUCCUCGAGGACGGCGCCACGCUGAGCAAUGUCAUUGUCGGCCCUAACAACGGCGAGGGCAUCCACUGCAAGGGCAAGUGCACUCUGAACAACGUCUGGUUCACCGACGUGUGCGAGGACGCCGUCACCUUCCUGCAAAAGUCGGGCACGUCGUACGUCAACGGCGGCGGCGCCCGCGGGGCCUCGGACAAGGUGCUCCAGCACAACGGCGGUGGCACCGUGGCCGUCAAGAACUUCCUGGCCAGCAACAUCGGCAAGCUGUACCGCUCGUGCGGCAACUGCAAGACGCAGUAUCAGCGCCACUCGACCUUUGACAACAUCCGCGUCACCGACAAGUCGUCAGUCGUCGCGGGCGUCAACCAGAACUACGGCGACACCACCUCCAUCAAGAACUCGUGCAUCCUCAAGGGCAAGAUCUGCGACCGCUUCCAGGGCAACAGCAACGGCAAGGAGCCCACCAAGCUCGGCACCGGCCCCUCAGGCACUGUCUGCGCCGUCACGGCUGUCAAGACCUCGGGCUGCUAGAGGGCGUAGCAACAAUGUGAAAAGGGUGCUUGUUUCGAUUGUGUGUGUGCAUGACCUGGUGGCAUACUCAGUGGCGGCUUCAUUUCACCUUGCACAUAUUUGCACCGUUUGUAUAUACGUACCUUUUG